GUAAACAUUGAAUGAAAAUAUGGUAAUAAACUGUAAUCGAAAGGAGAAGUAUUAGUUGAGCCUGGUUGAGGCAAGAAUUCUUCGAAUUUCAUCGAUAUACUUGAGUUCUUUGUUUAAUAACAAACGUUGUAAUUGUCAACUGUUCGGUUCGGCAGUUCAUUCGUCUAUUGUUUCUAAUUGUUUUAACACAUAAAUAGUGUUUUCCAGCGACAGACAGUCACAGUGUACUUUUGACACUGUGAUCAUUUCAACUCGGUAUAACAUGGGCAAACAAAAAUGUAUGUGUUACACUCGUUACAUUGUGUCUCUUGGAAAGCAAUCAAGAUUAUAGGAAAUUCAAGCUUUUCUCGCUCACUCAUUCGUAUAUAUUGAUCAAAAUGACUCCAAAACGAAUGAUCGCGUGACGAUAAUAUACAGCAAUUCGUGCGUUGCGCCACUUAUUUUCUCGUUCUUGGUGCUUGUCUUUUUCGGAAGAACGACGACGUUGAACAGUCUGUUUACCAAGUCGAGAGAGAUAGUUGUUUCGGCAACCUAAGCUGUCAUCGGCAACCAUCUGAUCGCAAACGAUAUCAGAGAGAAGCUUUAGUUAUAUAUCGGUUCUAGAUGCUUCCUCUUCGUCGAUAGAAGAUGUCUCGCGGCGACAAUACCUAUUUAAUUGAGAGCAAUUGAGAGUUUUGUACUGGACAAUCGAGAAAGAGAGCGAGAAAGAGAGAGCGAGAGGGAGAGGGAGAGAGAUCAAAUCAAAACUACACCUGCAGGCUGCAAUCAAGUACGCAGUGGUGCGUAGUUCGUGCUGGAUCGCGCAUCUCGGCGCAUCUUCGACCUCUCCGAAAAAGGAAGAAAGGAACGUUGCGUUCUCUGGUCACCCGAAAGCCCAGACUUCGCGCUUGCCGAUCGUUUGUCGAUAAUUGAAAGAUGCACGUCACCUGCAAGUGCCUGAAUGUGUCCAUCAAGUCUAGGAGCGCCGAAUUACAGCAGGUUAACGUCGAAUUGACCGAUCUGGAGCGUGCCGAUGCCUUUUUUCGUGAGGAUUUGGCGAGUGUACCAGAAUUGGAAAAAAUUACUAAAGAACAACCUGGUUUAAUGGAAAAAAGAAAUGUAGGAUCCUGGAUUGUACACCGUUGUUGCAAUUGCUCAAUGUAUACUCAUGCAGUUCACAGAGAAUACGGUGCUGCUUUAGUCCUCAUUAAUAACAAUAUUCUUUUAUCUCCCGAGGAAAUAAAUCAAUUAAAAUCCAAUCCAGAUUAUAGCCCAAUAUUUAGGGUAGUAAUUAAUCAUAGUUUGGAAGAUCUCGACGAUUAUCUGCAACAGCCUAAAUUUUCUGUUUCACAAUUACCUAACACAGUUCAAGUGGCCCUAGAUGGAUUACACCAACAAUUACAGGAGGCUGUACAACGUCAAACAAUAGCUAUAGAAGAUAAAAUACGUGCGUUUACUGCUGAGCAGCAUCAAUUGUUGGAACAAUUUCGUGAAAGAGCACACAAUGAACAUAGGCUGUUAUCAAAAUUAGUAUGUAGAGGUGACGAGACAAGCAGAGUAACCAAUAAUAUAGAAACUCCACCAACAACUCCUGACGGUUUUAAAAGUAUCAUGACUACCUCUGUAGCUAGUACAGUGACUCCAAAGUCUAAUAUAAUAUUCAAUGAUACAAAUAUAUCUAGUAGUCCAAACAUUAAACACGAGACAACUACCAAACACUCUAAAAGUAGCAUUAAUAAUGAAAAUUCGAGAAAAAAGGAUACAGUGUAUAUUAGUACCAAGGAAUCAGCUAGCUUCGAUACAGAAGUAUUGUUUCCUUUUGAAGGAAUGGAGGAUACAGAUGCAGUCAGCCAGCAGCUUCUAUGCUCUUCAGAAGACACUGAUGGAUCUGAUACUGAUGAUUCAAGCCAAAACGAAGAGAUUCAUAUGCCAAGAGGUCAACGGGAUGGUCAUUCUACGUUAGCUAAAUCAUUACCUGUCAUCGUGCCUGUUUUCCCUUCUAUCGUUCGUCAUACAAUACAGGAUCAAGACGAUGAUCAGUUGCCAACCGAUCCACACAACAUUCGAGCUUCGAUGAAAGCCUUAGCUAAAAGCGUCAAUACUGAUACGGUAUUUGGAGAUUUACCACGUCCCAGAUUUUCUACUCAGAUCUGAUUUAUCAAGUAUGAUAAGAGAAAUUCAUUCAUGGUUUCUUAAUUUUUUGAUACAGAAAAAUAUAUCAUAGUCUCUAUCAUCCAUCAUUUGUCUUUUAUACAAAAAUUACAAGAGGUUUAUGUAUACUUGGAAUAAAUAUAGCCGGUUUUACACAGAAGUACAGAAUAUCCUGCGUAUUUUAUAGAAAAGAUGCCUCUUAACUCAAGGUUUAGAUAUUCUAGAUUUAAUUAGAUAAUGUAAACACAUGUAAAUAAGAUAAAACUUUAUAUGCUAAACUGAAUGCGGUGCUUACAGAGAUGUUGUGAAAAUGAUUGUUUCGCCUUUACAGGAUGGGAAAUGACUAUAGUGACGUUGAAACAGUGUCAUAUUUUGAGGCAAGGAAUAUAAUGAAUUAUAAUAAAUCUUACUUAAGGAAAAGCUGUAAGAUUUUAAAAGUAGAUUUUCGCUUCGCCUUCUAAAGCUUAAUCUAAAAUGUGCUCUUUGCUUUUUGUUUCUUACAUUUUACUACUUUUUACUUUUCGCUUUUUUGUUAGCUUGUUUCUUCAUUUUCUGGUUGCCCGAGAUAAGAAUUUAUGACUUCAGGAGAGGGAGAGAGAAAGAGAGAGAAAGGGGAGAGAGAGAAAUAAGAAAUACCUAACAAGAAAUACGUCAUUGAUGAAACGAUCGCAAAGAAGAUAAAAGGCAAGAAACAGGACGGAAAGAGCACAUAGUACUUAGAUUAGAUUUAAAAGUCAAUGAAUAAAAGAAUGUACAUUAAAUAUUUAUAUUUGAUUU